AUGCAGCUCAAGAACCACGCGCCCUCCGGGGCGCUAUUAGCUUCGCUCCUUGUAGCGCCCCAAAUCGCAUCCGCUUUCUAUCUUCCCGGUGUCGCGCCGACGACUUAUAAGCCAGGCGAGCUCGUGCCUCUCUACGUGAACUCGAUACGACCGGUUGCCGCCCCCGAUGCGCUUCUACACUCGGUCGUUUCCUAUGACUACUACCAACCCCAUUUCCAGUUCUGCCAGCCCGAGGGAGGGCCAAAGAGCGUGGGCGAGAGCUUGGGAAGCAUCCUGUUCGGAGACAGGAUAAAGACAUCGCCCUUCGAGCUGAAGAUGAAGCAGAACGAAACCUGCAAGAUGCUAUGUCCGACCACAUACAAGCAAGGGGUUGCCUUUUACGUGAACGACAAGAUUAGGCAGGGUAUGAGCCUCAACUGGCUCGUGGACGGACUUCCGGCAGGACAGAGGAUCAAGGACGAGUUGACGGGCACCGAGUUUUAUAACCCUGGCUUCCUGAUGGGUCAGGUUGACGGGGACGACCAUGUUAUCUUCAACAACCAUUACGAUAUCCUUAUCGAGUACCACGAGGUCAGCGGAAACCCGGAUCAGCUUCGCGUUGUUGGCGUUUUGGUACAGCCAGAGUCCAAGAAGUACACCAAGGAUAUUCCCAAGGAAAGCACCGAUGUUUGUCUGUCCAACUUUGAGCCGCUUGAGCUUAAGGAGGAUGGCGAGACAAAGGUGCAGUUCACCUACAGCGUCUACUGGAUUCCUUCCCAGACUGCUUGGGCAACUCGCUGGGACAAGUAUCUUCACGUGUUCGACCCCAAGAUUCACUGGUUUUCGCUCAUCAACUCGGCCGUCAUCGUCGUGUUCCUUACCCUGACUGUCAUGUCCGUUCUGGUUCGUGCCCUGAGAAAGGAUAUUGCCCGCUACAACAGGCUCGACCAGAUCAACCUGGACGAUCUUUCCGGAACUUCUGCUCUCGAGGACGGUGUCCAGGAGGAUUCCGGCUGGAAGCUCGUGCACGGCGAUGUGUUCCGCACACCCUCCUACCCUAUGCUCCUCUCCGUCUUCCUCGGUAACGGUGCCCAGCUCUUCGUCAUGACCGGCUUCACCAUCGCCUUUGCUCUUCUGGGCUUCCUCUCCCCGUCCAACCGUGGCUCCCUCGGCACCAUCAUUCUCUUUCUCUACACAAUCCUCGGCUUCGUGGGCGGCUACACCUCUGCGCGCAUCUACAAGUCCAUGGGCGGCGAAAAGUGGAAGAUGAACAUCAUCCUGACCCCCGUCCUGGUGCCCGGUAUCGUCUUCGGCACCUUCUUCUUCCUGAACCUCUUCCUGUGGGUUAAGGAGUCCUCGGGCGCCGUUCCCUUCACCACCAUGCUCGUCAUCAUCCUGAUCUGGUUCAUCAUCUCGGUCCCGCUCUCCGUCACCGGCUCCUGGCUCGGCUUCCGUGCCGCCGCCAUCGAGCCGCCCGUGCGCACCAACCAGAUCCCGCGCCAAAUCCCGCCCGUGACCACGUACUUGAAGCCAAUGCCGAGCAUGCUCCUGGUGGGCAUUCUGCCCUUUGGCGCCAUCUUUGUAGAGCUCUACUUCAUCAUGAGCUCCAUCUGGUUCAGCAAGAUCUACUACAUGUUCGGAUUCCUGUUCCUGUGCUACGGCCUCAUGAUUCUCACUUGCGCGACCGUUACCAUCCUGAUGGUCUACUUCUUGCUCUGCGCUGAGAACUAUAACUGGCAAUGGCGCGCCUUCUUGGCGGCGGGCGCGAGCGCCGGGUAUAUCUUUAUGAAUGCGCUCAUUUACUGGGCCAGCAAGCUCUCGCUCAGUGGUCUUGCCGGUAGUGUCCUCUACAUUGGCUAUAGCGCGUUGAUUUCCUUCCUCUUCUUUAUCCUUACUGGCUCGAUUGGUUUCUUCUCCAGCUGGUGGUUCGUACGCAAGAUCUACUCUUCCAUCAAGAUCGAUUAA